AGCCCGCGCCGCGCCGCGCCGAGGAAGGCCCGGCCGCGCCGUGUCGCGCCGUGUCGCGCCGCCGGGGGAGCGCCGGGCGCCGCCGCCGCGAUGCCGCUGUACGAGGGCCUGGGCAGCGGCGGGGAGAAGACGGCCGUGGUGGUAGACCUGGGCGAGGCCUUCACCAAGUGUGGUUUUGCAGGAGAAACAGGACCAAGAUGUAUUAUUCCUAGUGAAAUAAAGAAACCUGAUGUCCCUAAGCCUAUCAAAGUCGUUCAAUAUAAUAUUAAUACAGAAGAAUUAUAUUCGUAUCUGAAGGAAUUUAUUCAUAUGCUGUAUUUCAGACAUCUACUGGUGAAUCCGAGAGACCGUCGUGUUGUAAUCAUAGAGUCUGUCUUAUGCCCGUCACACUUCAGAGACACACUCACAAGGGUCCUUUUCAAGCAUUUUGAGGUACCUUCUGUUUUGUUUGCUCCAAGUCAUCUAAUGUCUCUCCUGACACUUGGGAUCAAUUCUGCCAUGGUGUUGGACUGUGGAUAUGCAGAAGGCUUGGUGCUGCCUAUAUAUGAGGGAAUCCCAAUUCUGAGCUGCUGGGGUGCCCUUCCUUUGGGAGGAAGGGCUAUCCACAGGGAGCUGGAAUAUCAGCUGUUGGAGCAAUGCACAGUUGAUACAGGAUUAGCCAAAGGACAAAGCCUUCCGUCUGUGAUGGGCUCAGUUCCAGAAGACAUAGUCGAGGAUAUAAAAGUCCGCACUUGUUUUGUGAGUGAUCUCCAGCGUGGACUGAAAAUCCAAGCAGCGAAGUUCAACAUUGAUGGCAGUGCUGAGCGUCCUUCUCCGCCUCCGGAUGUGGACUAUCCGUUAGAUGGAGAAAAGAUUCUGCAUGUAGUUGGCUCUAUCAGAGACUCCGUUGUCGAAAUACUGUUUGAACAGGAUAAUGAAGAGAAAUCUGUUGCCACUUUAAUCUUAGAUUCACUCAUUCAGUGCCCAAUAGACACCAGGAAGCAGCUGGCGGAGAAUUUGGUAGUUAUUGGUGGCACUGCUAUGUUGCCAGGAUUCCUGCACAGGCUAAUGGCUGAAAUCAGAUACCUGGUAGAGAAACCAAAAUACAAAGAAGCACUUGCCACUAAGACCUUCAGGAUUCACACUCCACCUGCCAAACCCAACUGUGUGGCAUGGCUGGGAGGAGCCAUUUUUGGAGCACUUCAGGACAUACUUGGGAGCCGUUCUGUGUCCAAAGAGUAUUACAGCCAAACAGGCCGCAUACCUGACUGGUGCUGUCUCAAUAAUCCUCCACUGGAAAUGAUGUUUGAUGUUGGAAAAGCACCGCCACCGCUGAUGAAGAGGGCUUUUUCUACUGAGAAAUGAUCACCUAAAUGCUACACAAGAGUUCUCUUUGUCUGUUUCCAUUACAUAUAUAUUCAGUGGAAUUUUUUUUGUAUUAAGUAGUUUGUGCGUAACACGUAAAAAUGACCUAUGUGGAUGUUUCUUGGGAGCAUGGCGGUAGGUAAUAACACUGUACUCUAGAACUGUAUCCAGUUAUAGUUUAGAAACUUAACUCUGGCAAAUAACUUGAUAUUUUGUUCUCUUCUGAGGAAAUUAUAUGUAGUCAUGACUUGUUACCUAUGAUUUAUUAUUUAUCUGUACAGUAAAUUACAUUGUUGAGAGAA